AUGGGUGAACACAAUCGUGGUCAUGAUAUUGGUCAUGAUGGUAAUCAUGGUUGUGAUCAUGAUGGUGAUCAUUAUGGUCAUCAUGAUCAUAAUGUUGAUCAAGACAACGAUCAUUAUGUUCAUGAUGGUGACCAUGAUAGUGAUCACGAUCUUUUAAAUGCUGAUCAUGAUAACCGUCAUGAUGAUUAUAGUGUUGAAGAUCAUGAUGGUGAACAUGAUAAUCAUUAUGGUGAUCACGAUGAUCAUAAUGAUGAUCAGAAUAAUCAUGAUGAUCAUAAUAGUGAUCAUGAUGAUCAUGCUGAUCAUGAUGGUGAUUAUGAUCAUGAUGAUCAUGAUGGUGAUUAUGAUCAUGAUGAUCAUGAUGGUGAUUAUGAUCAUGAUGAUCAUGAUGGUGAUUAUGAUCAUGAUGAUCAUGAUGGUCAUAAUUGUUAUCAUGAUGAUCAUAAUGGUGACCAUCAUGAUAAUUAUAGCGAUCGUGAUGAUCAUGUUGGUGAUUAUAGUAAUAAGGAUCAUGAUAGUGAUCAUGAUGGUGAUCAUUAUGAUCAUGAUAGUGAUCAUGAUGGUGAUCAUUACGAUCAUGAUAGUGAUCAUAAUGGUGAUCAUGACAUGUAUAAAGAUGAUGAUGAUUAUGGUGAUCGGGAUCAUAAUAGUGAUCAUAACGAUCAAGAUAGUAAUCAUGAUGAUCGUGAUGGUGAUCAUAAUAAUCAUUAUGGUGAUAAUGAUGGUGAUCGUGAUGAUCUAUAUGGUGAUCAUGAUGAUUAUGACGGGAAUCAUGAUGAUCAUAAUGGAAUUCAUAAUGAUCAUGAUUGUGAUCGUGAUUUCAAUCAUGAUGAUCAUGACAGUGAUCGUGAUAAUGAUAAUCAUCAUCAUGAUCAUGAUUAUGGUGAUGAGGAUCAUGAUGGUGAUCAUUUUAAUCAUUCUAGUGAUCUUGAUGGCUAUCAUUGUGAUCAUGAUCUUUAUAAUCAUGAUGAUGAUUAUAAUGAUGAAGAUCAUAAUGGUGAUCAUGACAAUGAUCAUUAUGAUCAUGAUGGUGAUCAUGACCUGUAUAAACAUGAUAAUGAUUAUGGUGAUGAGGAUCAUAAUAAUCAUAAUGGUGAUAACGAUAGUAAUCGUGAUGAUCUUUAUGAUGUUGAUCAUGAUGAACAUAAUAGUGAUCAUGAUGAUCAUGUUGGUGAUCAUCAUGAUCAUGUUGGUUACCAUGAUGAUCAUGAUGGUGACCAUGAUGAUCAUGAUGGUGAUCAUGAUGAUCAUAAUGGUGAUCGUGAUAACCAUGAUAGUGAUCAUGAUGAUCAUUAUCGUGAUCGUGAUGGUGAUCAUGAUAAUCAUGAUAGUGAUAAUGACGAUGAUCAUCAUGAUCAUGAGGAGGAUUAUGACAAUGGUCACUAUGAUCAUGAUCGUGAUCAUGAUCUUUAUAAUUCUGGUCGUGAUAAACAUGAUGAUGACUAUGGUAAUGAGGAUUAUAAUGCUGAUAAUGAAGAUCGACAGUUGCGAAUAGGACAUGGAUCACGGCCCAAGUUUAAAUACGCGGGAGUCACACCGAGUGAUUCAUGA